AAAAACAAACAUUUCAAAACAAAGCUUUUUGUCUGACAAACUAGGAAGUAGAGACUACCCAGUCUCCCUGUUGUGGUGUUUUAGGAUUAUCUUGCUUUGUGCUUUGUGUUUGUUUAUUAAGUAAACAAUUUCGAAGAUUUGAUACCAGCAAUUGUUUAUUUGAGAAUUUGUGCACAGUAUCCAUUGAUGAGCCAUUUCUUCUUAAAAAAUAUUGGCUAAAACUUUGUUGUGAGCAUAAGCCCUAGAAUGCUUACUGGGCUUUGGAUCAAAAUAGGCCAAUCUGAGAUAGGAGCACAUGACUGUAAAAGAUUGCCCAUUCAGAGACACUUGCAUAUAAAAAUUAUUUAUUUAUCAUACCUUGUAUAUUCGUUUUUCAUUUGUUUUGGUAUUUAAGUUAUGUCAGUUUCUUUUGUCAGUCAAUCCAAGUAGAGUACAAAUUAUGAAUACAUACAUCUGAAAUGCAUAACUGCACUGAUUUUAUGAUGAGCCCUAUUUUGUGCUAUUGCUGUAUUAGGAUUUGAUUUUGGUUUCAUAAAAAUGGUUAAUUUUUAUUUUUUGCAAUUUUCUUAUAGGUUUUAUUGCCUGUAUGGUUAAGAAUUUUGUGAUUUACACAGAAACACUAGGCAAUGAUGUAGUUCAAAGCAGAGUCAAUUUUUAGUGCUGUAAGAUGGGUGUUCAUGGCCUCUGGCAGCUGUUGCAGCCGGCUGGGAAGCCUAUUCCUCUUGAAAUGUUGGAAGGGAAGGUUUUAGCUAUUGAUGUCAGUAUCUGGUUGAAUAAGGCAGCGAAGGGAAUGAGGGACAAGUUUGGAAAUCCAGUUCAUAAUGCACACCUUAUUGUGAUUUUUCAUCGCAUUUGCAAGUUGCUGUUUUACAAAGUGAAGCCCAUUUUUGUUUUUGAUGGUGGGGUACCAGAAUUGAAGAAGAAGACAAUAGCUGCCAGAAGAGAGAGAAAAAUUGCUGCUGAGGGAAAGGCACACAAGGCAAGUAAGAAAAUUCUGCACAACUUUAUCAAAGGGAAGGCUCUGGAAACAGUUACAGGAAAGAAAGGAAUGAGGCACGUAAAUUUAUCAAGACCAGAAGCUCAAGAUCUAUUCGAACUUCCACCAUUGCCCAUUACAAGAGAAAAUGUAAGCUCUUCAGAAAGUGAUGACAAUGUUGAUGCAGAGGCAGAAUGGAUCUCGGGGAUGAGAAGUGAAAACGUAGAGAAAAUGCUUGAAGAAAUCACAAAAGUCGAUAUGGAUGCAGAGGAAUUUAAAACUUUGCCACCUGAAAUACAGCAUGAGCUUUUGAUGGAAAUGAAAGACUCGUAUAGACGAAGAUAUAAUAGGAGUAAAUCACAGCUGAUGCCUGAGGAUGCACACGACUUUUCAGACUUCCAAUUGAAGAAUUUAUUCCGUCGUGGAAAAAUUACCAAAAAGAUCGGGGAUGUCAGAAAGGAAAUGAAUUCUAAAUCAUCUGGUGAUAUAGGGGAGCUGGAAGAAGAAAGCUACCUGCGGAAGAAUAUGAAAACAUUUGAAGCAAGUCGAGUUGCCUCUGAGGAUAAACGACAUUACAUUUUGCUGAAAAAAGACAAAAAGAAAGGGGAAAAUAUUUUAUUCAGUUCGUCAAUAGAUAUAACAAGCCAGUCGGAUAUUUAUAAAGGAGUCAAGCGAAAAGAACAUUUUGAACGCUUGGAAAGAGAACCAAUCAAGUUUAAUAGUUCGUCUAUUGAUAGGUUGGGAACUGCCGAUUUUAUGUCUGAUACCACGGAAGAAAGUGAUUUUGACGAGGAAUUCUCAUCUAGAGAAGCUGAAAAGUUCAGAAUAAGUCAAAAGGACGAGGUCGAAGGUGACAAAUCAAAGGGCAAAGUUAAAGGGGUUGAGUUGAGGGGCCAAGAAUCAGGGGGCAAACGUGAAACAGAGAGAAGUUUGCCAUAUGUGGAGGAUGCCUGUUUGAAUUCUCUAGGGGCUAUUUCUAAUGAAACAAACGAAUCGUUCGAGGCUACCAGGUCUGUAAACACAACACAUGUAAAUAAAAAGUUGGUCAGUUUUCAACCGGAAAGUAGUUCUGACGAUGCAGAGAAUUUCUCAAGUGAAAAUGCCAAUGAUGAUUUAAACGCUCCUAUUGAUGAUGUUGCUGCAGCAAAAUACACUUAUGGGUCUCUCCGUGAGGAGGAAAUUGAAUCUCAAGUGGUCCCCUCUACGGUACCAAACAGUGCGAAAGCAAGUUUUGUAGUUGAGGAUUCCAGUUGUGAAGAAUUGGCUACCGUUGAAAAAACAGUAGCUGAUGAACUUUCAAAUGACCGAAAAUCGCCGGUGUUUCCUUCAGAAGACCUCCGAACAACACCAGCGACCGUGCCAAUUACGGCCAAUAAAGGUGAUCAUUUAGUGGAGGUGGAAGGGGUGCAAACAGAUCAAGAUGAGGGCUUCGCCAAUGAUGAUACGAAGGCAACUGAGAUGAGAAUAGAUGAUGAUUAUGAAGAUGUAUCUGCGAUUCCUAAGCCUGAAAACUUUUAUAGCAACAAGAAUGAGAAGGAUGAAAGAACGCUUGUCUUGGAUAGUGAAGAAUUCGACAGAUUCAAGAACACUAUCCAGGACUGCCAAUCUGAGGAACAAAUAAAUGCCGUACAGGAUUCUCUGCAACAGGAGCAAAGCGAGCUUCUUAGAGAAAGAGAUCGCCAGACACGUGCUGCAGCCUCAGUUAGUAACGAGGAAUACACGGACGUGCAGGAAUUACUGCGUCUGUUUGGUAUUCCUUUUAUAACCAGUCCAAUGGAAGCGGAGGCGCAGUGUGCAGUUCUCGACAUUACAAAACAGACCGAUGGCUCGAUAACUGAUGACAGCGACAUCUUGCUAUUUGGUGGGACAAGGGUCUAUAAGAAUAUUUUCAAUCAGGAUAAAUAUGCCGAGCUUUUCUUGAUUGAGAAUGUCAAGCACGCACUAUUUCUUGACCGCGAAAAAAUGAUUGCUCUCGCUUACCUGACUGGCAGUGAUUACACGGAAGGAAUUCACGGUAUUGGUGUUAUUACUGCAAUGGAAAUUCUUCAGGAAUUCGGUGGCGAACCAAUGCAGGCUUUGGCAAGACUCAAGAACUGGUUUGAGGAGGUUAAAGGUGUGGACGAGAUAGACUUUUUUCAAAAAGAUUCAAAGCUAAAAGCCAAACUGCGCACAGUGGACCUUCCCAAGUCAUUUCCAAACCCUCAAGUCUGGAAUGCAUACAUCAACCCAACAGUCGAUCCCUCGGACGAGCCAUUUGAGUGGGGUAAGCCUGACCUGGAUUCAAUUAGAGAAUAUGCUCGUUUGAAGUUUGCUUGGCCAUCUUCACGCACAGACGAAAUCGUUCUCCCACUCAUGAAGCAGCUUAAUUCUACUCAGAAUCAAACCAGCCUUAGACGUUAUUUCACGAACAUUCAACAAACUUCAAACCGUACAGUAUCAAGCAAACGACUGCAGCGUACCGUAAACUUAAUGCGGGCCGGCGUGUGUGGCAAUACAGAGCACGAGCCAUCCGCGGCCAGGCCCAAGGCAACAGUUACACUGACCGGAGCUGAUGAAGGUCUUAGCAACUCUUUGUCUUCAGCUGAUGGUCCUUUGCCAUUGACUGAUGAUCUUGGAUCUGAAGCAAGAAACGUCUCGGGUAUUUCAAGAAAAACAUCUUAUAAAAAGCGACGUGUCCCUACAGUUUUAGAGUUCAGAAAGAGGGUCAAUAAAUCAAAACAAACGACACGUGGACGAAAGAAAGUAAGAGUCCCAACUGUAAGAAGCAGUGAAUUGCCGAAGAAAAGUCAAGUGGCACGUCAUGUAUUAGAUCUCAGUGGCAGCAGUUCUGAUUCAGAUUAAUGGCAUCGUGUUUGCCAUUUGUUUUACCAACAAGGAUUGCCAAUAAUGUAUGUAGAAUUUUUUAAAGAAGUGGUUUACAGGGGAAUUGGUUUGGACAAAAGUUUUUAUACUGUAUUUCAAAAUGG